UGGUGCGCGGCGUUUGGGCUGUUCGCUCGGUUCGCCUCCUUUUUUUGCUUGGCUGAAUUUGUGGUCUUUGCGUGUGCUCUGCGGUGCUGUGUGUACGCGUGUGUGUGUGUGCGCGCGAGUUCGUGUGUGUCAAAUGCAGAUGUAUCUAUAAUACAUACAUAUAUACAUUUAUUGCAUGUGUACGUAGCAUACGCAGUGAUUCAUUGAGUGCGUUGGCCCCGUUAUUGAAAAGCGUGCAAAUUUCGAAAAUAGAAAAGGCAAAUAACCCACAGACACACACCCAUAGAGUUUGUAGUGAAGUUUAGCCUGCUGCGCCAUUCCCAUUCAUUAGAAAUUCGUGUUUCUCCCUCGUAUGCUGAAAAUGUCGCAUGCCUGAAGUGUGACAACUCAAGCAAAUUGUAGCCGCGUUCUGUGGCGAGCAGCGUUCAGCGUUGUGCGUGUGUGUCGCGUCGCGUCGCGUCGCCUCGCGUACAUUGCGAGAUCACUUUAAAAAUAAAAGAAAAGAUUUGUUUGUUGCUAUUUUUAAAGGCGUGCCAAGUUUUUGUGUGGCGAUCCGUUCCGUUUUUCGGUGUCGCGUCUUUUGGCUCUUUGGUGGCGUCAUUGGCCACUUGGCCAUGUCCAAAGUUGCCAGGGGCCUAUAUGCACUUGAAAGCCCAGCGAGUCUCUCUUGGCCAACAAGCAUAAUCACAACAUCACUACACACCAUUGUACAUAUCUAUCUACAUAUAUAGUGUGUAUAUAUAUAUAAUUUAUAUAUAUACAUUUAAAUACAAAUAUCUAGCAGUGAGCCGCAGCAAUGUAAGCUAUUUGCAAUGGCAAGCGGUUUGAUCGGCACAAAUAUCAGUGAAUUGACAAAUGGGAUGUCGGGGUGUGAUCAGAGCACUGUCGAAUCAUUGGCCGAUGAUCCAACAGAUUCACCAUUCGAUGCCGAUGAUUGUCUCAAAGUUCGCAAAUAUUGGUGUUUUCUGCUAUCCAGCAUAUUCACAUUCCUUGCUGGCCUGCUCAUUGUAUUAUUAUGGCGAGCGUUUGCAUUCAUCUGCUGCCGCAAGGAGCCGGACCUGGGACCCAACGAUCCCAAACAAAAGGAGCAGAAGGCGUCACGCAACAAACAAGAGUUCGAGGGAACAUUUAUGACAGAAGCAAAAGACUGGGCUGGAGAGCUUAUCUCGGGUCAAACAACAACUGGUCGAAUUUUGGUCGUACUCGUAUUUAUACUCAGCAUUGCAUCUCUCAUUAUAUAUUUUGUUGAUGCAUCUAGCGAAGAAGUUGAAAGAUGCCAAAAAUGGAGUAAUAACAUUACUCAACAGAUCGAUCUCGCAUUCAAUAUAUUUUUUAUGGUUUACUUUUUUAUACGAUUCAUAGCGGCGUCCGAUAAGCUUUGGUUUAUGUUAGAAAUGUACAGUUUUGUAGAUUAUUUUACAAUACCCCCGUCCUUCGUAUCAAUAUAUUUAGAUCGAACAUGGAUCGGUCUUCGAUUUCUUCGAGCGCUACGUCUCAUGACUGUUCCAGAUAUUUUACAAUAUUUAAACGUACUAAAAACAUCGAGCUCAAUACGUUUGGCUCAACUAGUAUCAAUUUUUAUAUCCGUGUGGUUAACAGCAGCGGGCAUUAUACAUCUGCUGGAGAACUCUGGCGAUCCGCUGGAUUUUAAUAAUGCUCAUCGUUUAUCUUAUUGGACCUGUGUCUAUUUCCUAAUUGUGACCAUGUCGACGGUAGGAUAUGGUGACGUUUACUGUGAGACUGUCUUGGGAAGAACAUUUCUCGUGUUCUUUCUGCUCGUCGGCUUGGCAAUGUUUGCCAGCAGUAUACCGGAAAUAAUUGAACUCGUUGGUAGUGGCAAUAAAUAUGGCGGUGAACUGAAAAGAGAACACGGAAAGAGACAUAUUGUGGUAUGCGGUCACAUAACAUACGAGUCCGUGUCGCAUUUCCUGAAGGACUUUCUACACGAAGAUCGUGAGGAUGUCGACGUCGAAGUAGUCUUUUUACAUCGUAAACCACCCGAUUUGGAACUUGAGGGUUUGUUCAAACGUCAUUUUACCACCGUGGAGUUCUUCCAAGGAACCAUUAUGAAUCCGAUUGAUCUGCAAAGGGUUAAGGUACACGAAGCCGACGCCUGCCUGGUGCUAGCUAACAAAUAUUGCCAAGAUCCCGACGCAGAAGAUGCUGCCAACAUCAUGAGAGUGAUUUCGAUCAAGAACUACAGCGAUGAUAUACGAGUCAUCAUACAGCUGAUGCAGUACCACAAUAAGGCGUACUUGCUGAACAUCCCGUCGUGGGACUGGAAACAAGGUGACGAUGUUAUUUGCCUGGCCGAGCUGAAGUUGGGCUUCAUAGCGCAGAGCUGCUUGGCGCCCGGCUUCUCCACCAUGAUGGCCAAUCUGUUUGCAAUGCGAUCCUUCAAGACGUCGCCAGAAAUGCAAUCUUGGACGAAUGAUUACCUGCGCGGCACUGGCAUGGAAAUGUACACUGAAACAUUGAGUCCCACAUUUAUUGGAAUACCGUUUGCUCAGGCCACUGAACUGUGUUUCUCCAAGCUAAAGCUGCUGCUGCUCGCCAUCGAGAUCAAGGGCGCCGAGGAGGGUGCAGACAGCAAGAUUUCCAUAAAUCCGCGGGGCGCCAAGAUUCAGGCGAAUACGCAGGGCUUUUUCAUAGCACAAAGCGCCGAUGAGGUCAAGCGCGCGUGGUUCUACUGCAAGGCGUGCCACGAGGACAUCAAGGACGAGACGCUCAUUAAGAAGUGCAAAUGCAAAAACUUGGCCACCUUCCGGAAAGGCGUCCGAGCCGUACAAAUGGUUGGGCGUGCAAAAGACGAUGAAUACUCGUUGUCAAAUGAACACCAUCCUGCACCCACAUUUACGCCACCAGAGCUACCCAAGCGGGUGCAUGUGCGUGGAUCUGUAUCGGGUGAUAUAACACGUGACAGAGAAGAUACGAAUCUACUCAAUCGGAACGUGCGACGCCCGAACGGAACUGGCAACGGCACAGGUGGCAUGCAUCACAUGAACAAUACGGCCGCUGCAGCAGCAGCCGCCGCAGCGGCGGGCAAGCAGGUGAACAAAGUAAAGCCUACGGUGAACGUGAGCCGACAGGUGGAGGGCCAGGUUAUAUCGCCGUCGCAGUACAACAGGCCACCAGAAAAUGAUGCUAACCCUUAUGCGGGCUAUCAACUUGCUUACGAAGUUAAAAAGCUCAUGCCAACGAGUCGCAGCUCCGGCACCGGCACACAAAAUCAAAACGGCGGCGUCUCCUUGCCCGCUGGCAUUGCGGACGAUCAGUCCAAGGACUUUGAUUUUGAAAAGACCGAAAUGAAGUAUGACUCCACGGGCAUGUUCCAUUGGAGUCCGGCGAAGAGCUUAGAAGACUGCAUACUGGAUCGCAAUCAGGCGGCCAUGACGGUCCUAAAUGGCCACGUGGUCGUUUGCCUAUUCGCCGAUCCGGACUCACCGCUGAUUGGGCUAAGGAAUCUGGUAAUGCCGUUGCGUGCAUCCAAUUUCCAUUACCACGAGCUGAAGCACGUGGUGAUCGUGGGCUCCGUUGACUACAUACGGCGCGAGUGGAAAAUGCUACAGAAUCUGCCCAAGAUUUCGGUGCUUAACGGAUCGCCGCUGAGUCGUGCCGAUCUGCGGGCGGUCAACGUCAACUUGUGUGAUAUGUGCUGCAUAUUGUCUGCAAAAGUUCCUAGUAACGACGAUCCAACACUGGCCGACAAGGAGGCCAUCCUGGCCUCGCUCAACAUCAAGGCCAUGACCUUUGACGACACGAUUGGCGUGCUGAGCCAGCGCGGGCCGGAGUUCGACAAUCUGAGCGCGACCGCUGGCAGCCCGAUUGUGCUGCAGCGUCGCGGCUCAGUCUAUGGCGCCAACGUGCCCAUGAUAACAGAACUGGUCAAUGAUAGUAACGUGCAGUUUCUCGAUCAAGACGACGACGAUGAUCCAGAUACAGAACUAUAUCUAACGCAGCCGUUCGCCUGCGGCACGGCGUUCGCUGUGAGUGUGUUAGACUCGCUGAUGUCCACGACAUACUUUAAUCAAAAUGCCUUAACACUGAUCCGAUCGCUGAUCACGGGCGGCGCCACACCCGAACUGGAGUUGAUUCUGGCGGAGGGUGCCGGUUUGCGGGGCGGUUACAGUACCAUCGACAGUCUAAGCAACCGCGACAGAUGUCGCGUGGGACAAAUUUCGCUGUACGAUGGGCCGUUGGCGCAGUUCGGCGAGUGUGGAAAGUAUGGGGACUUGUUCGUUGCCGCCCUCAAGUCGUAUGGGAUGCUCUGCAUAGGACUCUACCGGUUCAGGGACACUAGUUCUAGCUGUGAUGCGAGCAGCAAGCGUUAUGUAAUAACCAACCCACCCGAUGACUUCUCAUUACUGCCAACAGAUCAGGUAUUCGUUUUAAUGCAAUUCGAUCCGGGUUUGGAGUACAAGCCGCCCGCAGUGCGUGCGCCCGCUGGCGGUCGCGGCACCAACACACAAGGUUCCGGGGUCGGUGGGGGCGGCUCCAACAAGGAUGAUAACUCUUGAUUGUUACUGUGUAGCGCCUUAACUGAUGGUCCUUAUUCGUACAUUUGAACGUUGGAGAAGUUAAUUGUGAGCAGAGCAACGCAUUUAUGGCAAAAGUAUUGGCACAACAUUUGGCUCAAAGCGCGCCGCGCUCAGCGCAUUCAGGUUUAGCGUUAUAGGCAAUAGGUAUAAUCUGUAUAAGCUGUAACAACACAACAAACAAACAUACACACACACUUACACACACUUACACCUGUGUAUAUUCUGUGUACCUAUGAAAAUUGUAACUAAAUCAAAAGCUAACCCAAUGGGCGUAAGUUAGGUAAAAAUUUGAAAUGCGUGCCAUAAAUGCGUUACUCUGUGCUUUUAUAUUUGCGGAGACACUGCUAAACGAUCAAGGAUAACGACAUUGUCGCCACCAACAGAGUCUCUGCAAACAUAAAAGCCACAAAUGUAUUAAAGAAAGAACAACAUCUUUGAUAUCCAUCGUUCAAUUGUCAGCUGAUUGCUUCCCACACCAUUCCGUAUGCCUUUUAGAACCUUGAAAUUGACAUUUUAUCUAUAAUUUUGUAUCUAUAUAUGUAUCCCAAACUAUCCCCAUUUAUUGUAUCUUAUAAUUAUUCUUUCUUUUCGAUUAUUGUUAGUUCGUUUUGGUUUCUGUUUCAUUUCUCUAUAUUAUUAUUUUGUAAUCUUUCUCAAUAUGUUUUCAAUAAACUGUCUCUGUAUACAAUCUUGAGUUUGAAGCAACAAUCAUAAGUUAUUCUUAAACAAUGGGUAUGUACUAGUCAUAGACAUUAUCAUUGUGCCAAUUAAUUUCAUUAGCCAUUAAUUUAUCAUUGUUAUCAUUAAUUUAUAUCUUUAAUUCACAUCUUGAGUUCAGUUCAUGGCGCUAUCAUCGCAAUACAAAUCAAAUUAUGCAAUUCGAUAUGAAAAUUCAUCUCAAUGGUGUGACGUAAGCAAUUGGGAACCAUUAGUGAGGUAAGCUACACAUUAAACAAAGAAAACCAAGCAAAAUAUCAACUCAACAACUCUUUACUCUCAACAUGGGAGAGAAUAUGUAUGCCAAGUGCAUCUCUUCUCAAUCUGAGUACACCUGCGUGUGUUAAUUUUGCAUUCAGCUAAUGCUUUGAGAUAACAAAUACUUACACACUCUAACUUAGUAUAGGCAGGUCUAGGCAAAGCUAUGUACAAAUAUGUGUCUAGGCAGCAACAAGAACUACGCUACAAUCGAUGCUAGACAUGCACAUACCAAAGAAAAUGAAAAUGAAAAUGAAUAU